UCGGAAGUGUCAUUUUUGGACUUGAGCGAAAACUUGAGCUGAUCGGUGUGGCGGCGGCUUCGAGCUGAUUCAUAACUCUCGGGACGAAAUGGCCACCAGAAAGCACUAAAACAGGAGGCGGGAGGAUGUCUGUGGAGGUGGACGUGUUGCUGCAGGAGGCCAAGGAGAGCAUCGAGGCGGCCCAGAACUACCGCGGUGAACUCCAGCAGCGCCUGCAUGGCCUCAACCAGGCCCGCAAACAGAUUCGAGGCAGCUCGGGUCAGGCCCGCGAGACCCUCCGGAAGCACUUUGCAGAGCUGCAGGCGGCAGCGACUCGAUUGCUGGCGGAGCGGCUGGCUAACCUCCUGGCCGAGGUCGACACCAUCGAGGCCGACAGCAUCAAGCCGCUGGACGACUGCCAGAGCCUCAUCGAGCAUGGCGUGGGCCAGGCUGACGAGCUGCUGAGAGAGGGAGAAGCAGCUCUGCGUUGUGGUCUCGGAGAAAAGGAGGACAAACUUGGCAGUUUUACAAAGAAGGCCAUGCACAUCCAGCUGGACAGUCUGCCAGAGGUCCCAGCAUUGGUGGAUGUGCCAUGUGUUUCAGCCCAGCUGGACGACUCCCUGCUGGGCCUGCUGAAGGAGCGGGUUCCCCGCCACGGUGCCGUCUCCGCCCACCCACCCGUCCAGAUAGAGGAGCUGCAGGAGAGGCCGGGCAGCAUCCUGGUCCGCUGGUGUAAGGUGGACGAGGACUUCGCUGCUGCAGAUUAUCGGUUGCAGUACCGGCGUUCCGGCAGCGGGGGGAGCCAGUAUGAGGACGCCUACAUCGGUCGGGAAUCUGAGUUCCUGGUUCUUCACUUGGACCCUCACACUGAUUAUCUGUUCAGGGUCUGCGCCCGCGGGGAGGGUCGCACCGAGUGGAGCCCCUGGAGCAUCCCACAGACGGGAUACACCACGCUGGCACCGCACGAGUGGCGUUCAGGGACCGAGGGCUACAUCCUGAGCAGCAGGAAGAACAUCGCCCUGCGCAAUGACUCCUCCCACUCGCGCUGCCCUGUCCUCUACUCCAAAGCCCCCACCUACUUCUGUGGGCAAACACUCACUUUCAAGAUCUCUGCAGCGAGUCAGAUGGAUCGGAGGGACAGUCUGGGUGUGUGCAUUGACAGCGAGAGUGGGGAGGAGUCACUACAGAGGGACCAGGCUGUCUGCAUUUCCACCAAUGGUGCCGUUUUCGUCAACGGUAAAGAGAUGACCAACCAGCUGCCCGCUGUCACCGUUGGCUCUGCCGUGACCUUUGACAUGGAGGUGGUGAGCCUGUUCCCCAUCAGCAACAACAACACGAGCGAGGGUGGCAACUUUAAGCUGAGGGUGACGAUCGGCUCAGGGAACCGCGAGGUGGUGUUUGACUGGCUGGUGGACCAGCCGGUGGACUGCCUCUUCUUCGGCUGCUCCUUCGCCCACUCCGGCUGGAAGGUGCUCGUGUUUUAAAAGGGCGGCUCCUCCGGCGUUCCCAUUUCUUCUCCUUUUUCACCUCACAAAAAAUAAAAUCUAGUUUCGUCCCAGAAUUUAACCAUCCAACCGCUCGCACAUGGGACCACCGGGAACGGCCGUGACGAGGAGCUCAAGCAGAAGUUUAGCUGUGAAGAAUCAUUUCCUCUGGAGAACGCCGUCAAGCCGUUUUCCUGAUCUCCGGAGCAGCGGCGCUCCCGAUGAAAUGCUGGUGCAGCAGCAGCAUUGGGUUUUUAGCAUCUGCUGAGAUUUUGUUCCGCUUAUUCGACACGAACAGCAGCUCGUUUCUUCGGCUCGAGAGGCUCCGGUGUGUCGUGAUGGGUUUCUGCUGGCCAGUGAGAACGAAACUGCUCCCUGACGUCUGUAGUUGGAGGGAUAUCGCUCUCCCGGAGCAACGCCCACCUGAGAAAUGUUCAAUUUAUUACAAUCAUUGAUUCAGCUCUGUGUGCAGAUGUGUAGCUGCACAUUAACCCUGUGAGGUCUGAUGUGUUCACACCAAAUGCAGGGUGAAAUUUCAUCAUUACACUUGGAAGACAAAUCGCUUUCCAGCCACUGGAAACCCACAAAUAUUCACCCCGAUAGCUGGAACCAAGUUACAUGUUUCCUGCAGUUUCACUCGGUUUCCCCCUUUGGUAUAAAACCAAACUUGAAUCACUCCAUCUGCUAUUCUGAGUUUCACCCUUUGCAUAGACUUUGUAUGCAGCUGUUUGAUGUGGACACACCAGAAGUCACCACUGAUGACGAGUAACCUGAACCCCUAACCUUUUUUUUUUUUUUUUUUAGAAAAACAGGUUUCUUUUUUCACUGAUUACCAAAACUCCUGAGAGAGUCACAUAUUUGGAUACCACAGGGUUCGGGUUACUCCGACCUCACAGGGUUAGAGAGGACAGUAAAACCAAAAACGGUGAAAGUCCUGAUGAAUCAGACUUCAUCCAGAAGCCCCACGUGGCAUCUGGAAAAAAUAAAACCACACAAAUGUUGGCAUCUAACAGAAAUGUUAGACUGACCCAAACACUUGAUGAUGAUUUUUUUUAAAAAAGCAGAAAAGGGGAAAAUCUCCGCCUACCUGCAGCAGCAGCCUCCAGGUCUGCAGCACAAAAAACGGUUUUAGGAUUCAGGCGAUGCAAAGAGGUCAAUUCCGUGUUGGGCUGCGGUGACUGUCGGGGCUGAAAAAUGAAGCCAGUGCCAAAACCUGCAGUUCCUCUAACACCCAGCAGAGGCUCCAGCAGUGAGUCCGUGCCCAUAGAGUUCAAGGCAGAAGUAAACACGUUUACAGCCUGAUGCAGAAAGCUGUUUGUGCUCUCCACCCUCUCAUCCAUAUAUGGUCACUUCUGGCUCCAAAAACCCAACUUGACGACGCCCCAAAUGCCGACACGAGACUUCAAAAUGAAAUCAUAAUCUGUGGGUGAUGUGACGGGGGCUACGCCCACAUUUCACAGCUAAUGACUCCAAUUUCUGGCAGACAGGGGGCGCUCCGAGCUGAAGAAACGAGCGCCUUUGUCCUUUUUGCUUUUUAAGCUUUUUAAGCUUUGUCCUUUUUGCUUUUUAAGCAGUGACAGUAUUUAAAGCUGGAGGGUGUCAGGCAGCAUGCCCCCCCCCCCCCCCCCCGUGAAACAUAACGAACCAGCAGCAAUUUUAAGAAAAACAAAGUCAGCUAAACUUGGCUUUAGCUGGGUAGGCUUUGGUGACAUAAAGAAACAAUUCCCGAUGGAUUUCUGUUUGCCCGCUCUUGCAGUGUGCCACAUUUAUGCAACUUUCAUGUUUUGUUUUUUUUUCCUGCUUAUUUUCUGCACUCUGGAGGAGCAGUGGGCCUAAAACUGGUUUAAAAUGUUCUCAGAUGUCUUAAUAUUUCAUCUUCUUCCUGCACAGUGUUUUUGUUCUGCACACAGUGGAUUGUCAUAAGAUUUAUCUGCCACCACUGACUCACUUGUCAUGCUUUUAUUUUUUAUUUUAAAGAAACAUGUCUGGACUCAUUUCAGCUGCCUGGCGUAAUCUCGUAUCAGCUGAUGAGACGAGUCAGGACAGCUUGUUGUUCCUCAGACGUUCUCCUGUUUUUCUGCAGAACUGAGCUCAAUGUUACGUGCUUUCAGAGAACUGUGGGACUCUGGAUUUAUUCCAGUUGAUGGUACAAAAGUCCUGAAACCAGCAACCUCAUAAAAGCCUCCUUUAUUUUAUUUUUUUCUCUGAAGUUGGAGGAAGCAGACCUGAAAUGGCUGUCUGUGUCAAAGUCACAUCAGUGACACCUGCUGGUCAAACCUUUGUGUUACAUGUGUGUUUACUGCCUCCUUCACAUUUUGUUCAAUAAAGAUCAGUUUGUUCUGA